GAUCCAAAAUAUGCGGGGGCGUUUCUGGUGAAUGCGCAAUCAGACAACGAAGACGAACACAAGGAAGGAGAGCGUCCUGCAGGCGCACCUGUGCGUUACCGACGUCGCAGGCCAUGGUGGCGCAGCGCAUUGCUCCAGCAGCUCUACGACGAGGUCGAUGCACGACCGGAUCCUUCCCCCGAUCAGGCGCAACUCAUGAAGGAACGAGUACUGGGGACAGACCUUGAGAAAGUCAAGCCCCCUAAAGCGCGCUUGAAGAACCGGGUGCGCGCGUGGAUGGUAAAGGCGGACGUGCUUGAGGCGAACCCCGAUUGGAUGGAGUCGGGGCGAGUGGCUAGAAAUGGGACGCUGUGGGGGGAGGAGGAGGAUCCAGUCGAAGAACCGGUAAAGCGGAAGAAAGCAAAGCAGGGGGAGGGUAGAAAGACGAAACGACCGCGCGGCGACACGGAUGCUGUUGAAGCUGCGCGCGCGCGCGUUGCGAAGGUGACCAACGGGAUUGAUCCGGCAUUGAUUGUUGCGUCGUUGGAGGAUUAG